CUUAGCAAUAGCAUGUACUACUCUUCGUGGAAAGUCUUGAGAAGCAUGGUGGAAAGUCGACUCAGCAAAGCAAAAAACCCAAGAUUAGCAACCGAUGUGCUGCGACGUGCUCCUACCAGCUAAAUAUCCCAAGGUUCGUUGGUGUCUCUAGCUCAGCUACGAAAUUAAUCAUUCUCUCCCAUAUGCCAAGAUUCUACUAGCCAGCGGCCAUGGGAAUACCUUCCUUCUUCAGCUGGCUCGUGGGCAAAUACCCAAACAUCGUCAGCCCCAUCAUCGACGUCUUUCCUGACUCGUCGGAGGAGGAGGAGGACGAGGAGCAGGAGGAAGAAGAAGAAGAUGACGAGGAAGAAGAAGAUGAAGAACAACAACAAGAAGAGAUCAUCUACGACAACCUCUACCUUGACAUGAAUGAAAUCAUCUACAAAUGCUUCCGCCUCAACAACGGGCUGGUAAUACACAUCUCAACAACCCAUGACGAUCCGCAUGCAAUCUGGCCGGUGUCUGCUAACCUUUCACUUGCAUUUGCACAGGUGUACCAUUGGUUUUUCGAUUACAUGGAUCGCUUGUUUCGCAUCGUCAGGCCGAGGAGGCUCCUUUACUUGGCAGUAGAUGGCGUUGCCCCUAUGGCCAAGAUGAACAAGCUGCGACAGGGGUACUUCAAAUAUGCCAAGCAUCACACAGAUGCGGAGGCUGAAGCGGUCCUCUUGACUGAGAUAUUCAGAGCUCAAGGGAAGGAGGUGCUGCCGCGAGGUACAUAUGAGCUCGAGGGUCCUACUGUUAAGAUGCCAGGGACGGAAUUCAUGGAGAAAAUAUCAAUACUGCUGGAGUAUUUCAUCCGUGAACGGUUGAAGAUGGACCCUGAGUGGAAAGACAUCAAGGUCGGUCGUUGCUUGAUGAGUUCCCCACGUCUCCUCUUUCUGAAGGUAAUAUUAUCUGAUGCAAAUGUUCCUCGAGAAGGGGAGCACAAGAUCAUGUCCUUCAUUCGGGCACAACGGAGCAUGGGAAACUAUGAUCCGAACACCCGUCAUUGUCUGCAUGGGCAUGAUGCAGAUCUGAUAAUGCUCGCUUUGGCGUCUCACGAAGUCCACAUUUCAAUUUUGCGGGAGGUCAAUCCAAAUGGCAGGAUACCGGCAAGACUGUAUCAGUUUGUGAACAUAUGGGUUCUGAGAGAGUACUUGGAAAUUGAAAUGAAGGCACCAGAUUGCAACCAAGAUAUUGAAAGACUAAUAGAUGACUUUAUCCUUAUUUGUUUCUUGACGGGAAACGAUUUCAUUCCACGGAUUCCUUCACUAGAGAUAAAUGAAUUUGCAGUUGAUCUUCUCAUUGAAGUGUACAAGACAACCUUCAACAAAAUGGGGGGCUAUAUUAUCAACACAAACAAAAUCAAUGAUAAAAACGGCGCGUAUCUGGAAGUCUCGAGGUUGGAAAAGUUCCUUCAUGAGUUGUCCUUGUGCGAAGAGAGAAUUUUACUCAAAAGAUAUGAACUUCGAGAGAAGUUACUAUGCAAGAUACAGCGUGAAGCUGCGGAAGACAAAUGGGCCAAGGGAGAGGACAGGGCCGAGAAGAAAACGUCCUCCGCGCAAGUUUAUUUGUAUCCUGUGGAGACUCGGCUUGAAAAAAAGUCUAAUGACGUGGUCAGAAAGAAUACCAGGGAGCUGUGGAGAACUGUUAAUGACAUUUGCCGUAGUAAGGAUGACCUUUCUAAAAAUGGAGCCUGCAAACAAGAGAGGAUAAGACUGGGGUGGAAAUCCCAGUUCUACACAGAGAAAUUUGGUGCCGAAACUUCUAAUGAAGUUGGAAGGCUGCAGACUGAAAUGGUUCAGAAGUAUUUAGAAGGAUUAUGUUGGGUGCUACAAUGCUAUUUUUCUGAAGUUCCUUCAUGGACUUGGAACUACCCAUUCAAUUAUGCUCCUUUCGCAUCUGAUUUCAAAUAUCUGUCUCAAUUCAAGACAUCUUUCACCAUGGACAAACCACUAAGAGCAUUUGAUCAGCUCAUGGCAGUUUUGCCACCAGAAAAGCAUGUUCUGUCAUGUGCCCUUCCAAAAUGUUACAGCAAAUUAAUAGGCUGUGAAGAUUCCAUAAUACAAAUAUUCUAUCCGUCAGAGUUCGAGAUUGAUUCAGAUGGGAAACGUUUCUUGUCGCAAGGCAUUGCAAAGUUGCCAUUCAUAGAUAAGGAACUGCUGCUUUCAGCCACCAAAAUGGUAGAGAAAGAUCUCACGGAGGAUGAAAUGAGACUUAAUGAUGUUCGGCAAGAGAGGAUCUUCCUGAGGAACUCACACAGUCUGGCAAAUAAUGCAGCAUUUGUGCCAGCAAUGUCCGACUAUCCGCAGGAAAAGCUUUGGAUGGACACUAGUGAAAUCGGAGGAUGGCUCUCACCAGAUGAGGGGGCUCAGAGCUUUGCAUCAAGAAAAAACAAGGUUCAAUACGUGUCGAUGUCAAUAAGCGAUAUAGAUAUGACAGUAUCAGCAAUGUUCUUUAACCCUGAGGCAGUGAAGCCGAUUUCAAGAUUACUUGACAAUGUCAUAGUGCCUGACAAGACUAUAACUGAAGCGGACAUUCGGAAGAGACCGAUGUGGCACACGUACCCGGGUCCAAGGCCAAGACCGCCGCAUAUCACCCACAGGCCAGAGACCCUGUGCAGGGCGAGCUCGACGGCGACACCGAGGGAAGAGCAUAAGCUAGCCGGGGAGGGGUGGCUGGGACGGGGGAGAGGAAGCGCCCCCGCCCCCGCCGCCCCCGCUUCCCAGACACGGCAGAUCGGGCCGAGCGGCUACGGGAGAGGUUCCCAUGGUGUGGACAUGGCGCAGAGCCGAGGCGGCCGGUUCGACGGCGGUGAUGAGUGGGCAGGAGGAGGAGGCGGCGGCGGCACGGUGAAGAGGCCGGAGACGGAGGGGCGGCCCGUUGGGUUGUGGGCGAGAGGAGGCGGCCGUCGCGGGAGCGGGCCAGCCCGCGCGCGGUAGCAUGCUUUAGUUCAUCUGAGGCCCGUUUCAAGCUUUGGGCUGGCCGAAGUAUCAAGCCCGAAGCAGAAAAUCUAGGGACGAGCCCAAAGCAGAAGUUUCAGGUGCGCAUGAGGGCAUUGCUAAAAAAAAAGUCCAUUGGUUGGUAAGAUAUUCUCUUUCAUGUAAGUUUAGAGGAAAGGUAUACACCCAAUUUUAUAAAUAAAGCUAGUAGGCAGAAUUCAGACAAAACGAACUUCGAGUAGUGAACAACCAAGGCACAACACGCCAACAAACUGAAAGUACAGUUACACGGCCCAAGGCCAAUACGGCACGCAUGCCACAACCUACGCGACAAAGAGCUAGGGGGCACCGAGAGACGACCUCGGGUCGGGUGGAACGCUCCAGCGCAAGGAUCGAAGAUGUAGAAGUACGCAUUUUGCCAAUCAACUCGUCAAUUGCCCCACGAUCAUCCACCUUAAUCAAUGAUUUUCACUGGUGAAGGAAAGAGACAAGUUUAAACAAACAAUCAACAGGAUUAUUAGGAAAAUAUUCUCAGUAGUGAAGUUGUUACGUGUGGUCCAGAACACCCAGCACAUGGCAGGGAACCCAACCCAAAACAGACGCCUGUAAAGCCCAAAGAGAAUGGAAGCCCUGGCGAGGAGU